CUCUCCCGGCCAAUUAAAUAAAAAUGACCGGCCCCUAGUAAUUGGAAAGUGGAAUGGCCCAAAGAUGCACUGGACUCAGCAAACUUCCACUAUUAUGCGUAUAGGAAAUCAAUCUACAACUGUAUGCUUUUAUAAAUGUCAGCAUGCAUCUAAUAUACGCAUGAUGUUGGCAUGCUUAUAUAUAGUGGAUAUAUGUCAUGCAUGCAGUGAAUUGCUUGUUUCAUUACAUUUCGAGUAGUUGAGAAGGCAACAUCGAGUCUGUAGUCAAGUUUAUGACGGUGGGGGUAUGAAGCAUUCUAGACCGCUACCAGCUUGGAAAAUAUGCUCAUUUGUUGCUGUGUCUAGAGACGACGUAUUAAACAUGCAACUGCUAUUUUAUUCGUUGAGCUUUUGCCUUCUGGUAAUUGCACAUACUACUUGGUCAAUGGAAGCGACCACCAGCCAGGAAUGUCAAUGUCCUUUGAAUCUUGCAACAAUUUCCUGCAGCUCUAAAACAGAAGGAGCUGUGCGUUACACCAAUGCCAAAAAAGUUCUUGAGUUUUGCAGUAAACUGCAGUGGCACCCCGUUUCCAGUUCGAUACCAAAACCACCACCAAAUCCGGUAUCUCCACUAGGCUCGCAACAAUAUCCGGGACUCAGUUGUAAGGCUAUUGCCGGUGGCAAUCGCUUGGCGAAAAAUGGUGUCUUCUGGAUCAAGCCCAAUUCUACGCAGAAUGCAUUCAAAGCUUACUGUGACAUUCAAGCAGGAGGAUGGACACUGAUUAUCAAAAUGAACGGAGGGAAGAACACUUUCAAAUAUGACAGCUACCUGUGGACAAGCAAACAGCCAUUCAACCACAAUCGGUGGGGACUCGACUAUCAAGAGGCAAAAUAUCCCGGAUACUGGACUUUGCCAUUUCGAGAAGUCCGUCUGGGCAUGCGUCGUCACUACACAUUGAGAUGGAUAAAUUUUCCGUACUCCGGCAACUCCCUUCACAGCGUUAUUGCAUAUGGGCAGGAAAGACGGGUCAACAUAGGGCGUUACAAAUGGCAGAGCUUGCUGAGUGGCUCGUCUCUACAGAAUAAUUGUUGCAAGGAAGGGUUCAAUAUUAAAGGAAGCUGGGCACAUGUUAGAGUGAGGAUUGGAAUUGUCGGCAACAAUGAGUAUGACUGCAACUCUGUGGAUUCCUUCAUUGGAUUUGGUGGGCAAGUGUCACCAAGUGACAAACGUGGGAUCAACACGUGUGGAAAUAUUGUGCAAUGUUGUGGCCGGUGCGCAAUCUCCAUGCCAUGGGCUACAUCUUUGUUCGUUGAUUCAAAGACGGUCAACAGAUGCUUGCAAAAUUGUUGUUGGUAGUGAAGUUUGCUGGAGUGUCUCUAGAUAGAAGGUUGCUGUUUGUACUUGUAGCAACUGCUGCCAUGGUGUUGUGUGCAUGAUGGCUGUAUGUGUGUAGCCAUGCAGUUAGCAUUGAUCAAAACACGUUUCUCUUGCUGCAGACUUUGCAAGUCUGUCAGUGGAUUGAUUA